ACCAAUAGGAGCACAGAAGCGUUUUCGUACACAACUUUCAAAAAUGGCGAAACGAAAGAGAGACGAUGGUGCUAGGUGGAGUUAUGACAUGGAGGAAAGGUUCGUGGAGCUGUGGCAACAGCACUCCUGUCUUUAUGAUGUGUCAUCGAGGGACUACCACGACAGAAUUCAAAAAGAAAAAUGCUGGCGAACAAUAGCGGAAACACUACAGCAACCCACCGGUGAGGUCCAAACAAAAGCUGCUUCCCUCCGAACACAGUAUGGGAAAGUUCUCCGUUCAAAACCGAGUGGCAGCGGCGACAAAGAAUUAACUUCCAGACAGAAGUGGAUUUUAAAAAACCUGCAGUUUCUACAGCCCUUUGUUGUACAACGCGUGUCUCAGUCUACACUUAAUUUGGAUGACUUGGAACACAGCAUCACAGAUGAGGGUGGAGAAGAUCAGGAGACAGAGGAGGAUGUGUUCGAGUCAUCCACCUCCACCUCCCACCACACAUCUGGACCAUCAACUCCACAAACCUCACUUGAAGCCUCAUCAUCACACCAGCAUCGUCAGGUUCCUGAAAGAGCACAUUACAAACCCAAACAAAAGUUACGAGAUAAAUCAUUAGAUGAACUUGAAUUGGAGAAAGUAACCAUUUUGAAAAAUGUAUCUGAAACUCUGGUAAAUGCCAGUACGGAUGUUGAUCAAACAUUUGCCAAACAGGUAGUUACUGAGAUUAAGCUAAUUAAAGACCCACUGACCAAGAUGAGACUACGUCGCAACAUCCUUAUGAUGUUAUACGAUGCACAAGAAAAUGAGGCCAGAUUAGCACUACAUCCUGAUCCUGAGCGACCUUUACGCCCCCAAACGCCUUGGCAGGGACACACAAAUUUGAACCAACCCUACCAGAAUACAUCCAUUUAUGUACCCUCUGUAACCCCUCCAGUGAGCUACCUCAGGGCAGUAGAAGAGGCAUAUGACCAGGAAAUAAAUGGGGUCUAAGUUCAAGUAUUGAUCCCUUUUUUGUGUGUGUGUGAUGGUGCUAAACUGCAGUCACAUUGUGUCUGAAAUGCUGUUUGUUGUUGGCACUUUGAAUGCAGUUUAUGUUUAAGCUGUUUUGCAAAUGUUUGCACAUUUUAAAAGGGUUAAUGUUUGCGAGUCAUUUUCCCUUUGUUCAAAACUUACGACUUAUGAAAUGAGUCAAGAAAAGUGUUAUUUGAUUUCAAUAAAAGAUUUUACUAAAGAAAAUGUAUC